GAAGCGCAUCAGUAUGAUGGAGGAGCCGGUGUGAAGCGGCUUCAACAUCUCGGUUAACUAGCGAGAUUUUGUGAAAAAAGAAAUAUACCUUUCUUCUGGAUUGCAAUUUAAGUGGCCUCAACAUGGGCUGUGUGGGGACCAAACCGGAGCAGGAUCCUAUUGGCAAAUCAAUGGGCAGCGAUGACAAUCGCAACCAGACAGCACAUUACACCAAAGACCCAACGGCAGGCUCCAAAGCUAACAGAACCACCUCCAACCCAGCUCCUGGGUCAGAUACUUCAGAGAACAUUACCAUAGCUCUGUAUGACUAUGAAGCUAUGCAUGAAGGUGACCUGGGCUUCAAGAAAGGAGACAGACUCAAAAUCCUUCAGGAGUCAGGUGAAUGGUGGAAAGCAGCAUCUCUUAGCACUGGUCAGGAGGGCUUCAUCCCCAGUAACUAUGUUGCCAAGGAUACUCUGGAAACUGAAGAGUGGUUUUUUAAAGGUGUCAGCAGAAAGGAUGCAGAGAGACAGCUGCUGGCAUCUGGAAACAAAAUAGGAUCUUUUAUGAUCAGAGACAGUGAAACCACCAAGGGAAGCUACUCUCUGUCUGUCAGAGACUGCGACCAAACAGGAGACGCUGUGAAGCAUUAUAAGAUCCGCACGCUGGAUAAUGGCGGUUUCUAUAUUUCUCCACGUAUCACCUUCAACACCCUGCAGGAUCUGGUCAGCCACUACAAGAAGCAGAGCGAUGGGUUGUGCCAAUCUCUCACUGUUCCCUGUCUGAGUCCCAAACCUCAGAAACCUUGGGAGAAAGAUGCUUGGGAGAUCCCACGUGAGUCCCUCAAACUGGACAGACGUCUGGGAGCAGGCCAGUUUGGAGAGGUCUGGAUGGCAACAUACAACAAGCACACAAAAGUGGCAGUGAAGACUAUGAAGCCUGGCAGUAUGUCUGUGGAAGCUUUCCUCAUGGAGGCCAACUUAAUGAAAUCCAUCCAGCACGACAAACUGGUCCGUCUCAACGCUGUGGUCACCAAAGAGGAGCCCAUAUACAUCAUUACAGAGUUCAUGGAGAAAGGCAGUUUACUGGACUUCAUUAAAAGCGAUGAAGGGAAUCGUGUCCAGUUGCCCAAACUGAUUGACUUCUCAGCACAGAUAGCAGAAGGCAUGGCUUACAUUGAGCAGAGAAACUACAUUCACAGAGACCUUCGUGCUGCCAACAUCCUGGUCAACAAGAGUUUAGUGUGUAAGAUUGCUGAUUUCGGACUGGCCCGUAUCAUAGAGGACAACGAAUACACUGCCAGAGAAGGUGCAAAGUUCCCCAUAAAAUGGACCGCUCCAGAGGCCAUAAACUAUGGUUCGUUCACCAUUAAAUCAGAUGUUUGGUCCUUUGGCAUUCUGCUCACUGAAAUCAUUAGCUAUGGUCGCACACCGUAUCCAGGUAUGACAAAUCCAGAGGUGAUCCGUGCUCUGGAGAGAGGUUACCGUAUGCAGCGUCUGGACUCCUGCCCUCAAGAGCUCUAUGACAUCAUGCUGGAAUGCUGGAAGAACAAGCCAGAGGACCGGCCCACCUUUGAGUACCUGCAGAGUAUACUGGAGGACUUUUACACUGCCACAGAGAGCCAGUAUCAGCAACAGCCUUGAGAUACACACACACACACACACACACACACACACACACAU